AUGGCCCAGAAAGCAAAGAAGGACCGCGCCAAAUCCAACGCCGCGGCGCUGAACAACCUCCACGUCGGCUCCCUAGUCGUCAACGCCCUUUUUCUCCUCUCUCAUUUUCUAUUCCGUUCUCGAUCCCUCUGGUUAUACGGCCUCUUUUCUGUACCUGCGCUCAUCUGCGAGUAUGUUCUCGAGUUUUCCGGCCGACCCAAGUACGACCCGACGACCAAGGCCCUACGCUCCGCUGGUGAAGAUCUGUCCUCUCCUGGUUUGACUGAAUACAUGUUUGACGUUAUCUGGGUCACCUGGGCCGCGGUUUUUCUUGUCAUUUUCCUCGGAAACAAAGCUUGGUUUUUGUGGCUUGUUCUUCCUGCUUACGGCCUGUACCUCGGAAGUGGACUGCUCGGUAUGGGAAAGCAGAAGAUGGCCGAGUUUCAAGGAGCUGGUGAUGUUGGCGCCGGUGCAGCUCCCCCCGGCAACCGAAAGGCGCGCCGUGCUGCUUAA